AUGAAUGAAUGCGAAUACAACACUCAACAAUCAUCGAUACAAUUAUCGCCUUUUUUUCAUCAAGUUGGCGGUCAUUCAUCAAUGUUUCAAUAUGAUAAAGAUACUGUUUGUAAAGUAUUAGAAUUACCGGAAUUAGAUUUUUAUCAAUCAAUGCCUGAUUCAUUAAAAAAUUUUACACCGGAAUUUCGUGGUAUUAUAUCAGUACAAUAUUGUGAAGAUGAAUUCGGUUUUGUUAAACUUAUUGCUCGACCGCAAACAACUUGUACAGAUGAUGAUCAAAUAUCAAAUGAAGAAAAUAUAUCAACAACAACUGAUCCUCAAUCAAUCGAUACGAAUAAUCCAAAGAAAUCAGUACAAUUACGUUGUUCAAAAGAUGGACAUAUUGAUUAUUCGAAUAGUAUAGGAAAUGAUAUUGUUAAUUAUGAACAAGGAAAAACAAUCAUAUCAAAAAUAAAUCCUUGGAGUUUACAAUUAUGUAAAAAGAAAGCUGAAAAAUUACAUCAAGAAUUAAUGGAUGCUGGAUAUGUAACUGUUGCACAAAAAUAUAUGCUAUUAGAAGAUGUUACAGCUCGAUUUCGUCAUCCAUGUAUACUUGAUUUAAAAAUGGGUAAAAGACAAUAUGCUGAUAUUGAUUCUGAUAAAAAGCGUCAAUCAAAAAUUCAAAAAUGUGCAUCAUCAACUUCAUCAACAUUAGGUGUACGUUUAUGUGGAAUGCAGGUUUAUCAAAUUGAUAGUGGUCGAUUUAUGUUUACUGAUAAAUACCGAGGACGAAUAUUAACUGUUGAAGGUUUUCGUUCAGAAUUAGCAGAAUUUUUUAAUAAUGGUCGUAUAAAACGUCUUGAUAUUGUACCUGAAAUUAUCGAACGACUUAAAUCUUUAUAUGAAACAAUAAAUUCUUUACCUAAAUAUCGUUUUUAUAGUGGUAGUCUUUUAAUUGUUUAUGAUGGUUUACCACAAUCGAAUCGAAUUGAUAUACGUAUGAUCGAUUUUGCUCAUUCAAUAUGUGCUUCAACAACUGAUGAAAGUACAGCAUCAAAUAAUCAUUUAGGUCCAGAUAGAGGAUAUUUAUUUGGACUUGAACGUCUUAUUGAUGCUUUUAAAGAAAUAUUCAAUGAUGGAACCAAAUCAACAAUAAAUAUUGAUACUUAA